AUGGGGCUAGAGAUCAUAGAGGAAGUUCCGCCGCUACCAUUGAUGGGGCUGAACCACAUCUCCUUCGUGGUGCGGUCGGUGAGCCGCUCCGUGGAGUUCUACGAAGAGGUCCUCGGCUUCGUCUCCAUCAAGAGACCCUCGUCCUUCAAGUUUGAGGGCGCCUGGUAAGCAGCUCAAGAACACGAUCUUCUCCAUCUUAAGUUCAUUCAAUAUUUCACAUCGUCGAUCGAAAUCCCCCCAAAACCAAUCAACCCAGUCAGUUCGUUCCUUAUCGGGGGGUGGAUCUUGCAGGCUUUUCAACUACGGCGUGGGGAUCCACCUUCUGGAGAGCAGCACCCCAGAGGAGGCACCGAAGAAGAAGGCGGCGAUCAACCCCAAGGACAACCAUAUCUCCUUCCAGACCUUCGACAUGCGAAUGGUGGCCAAGAAGCUCGACGAGAUGGGCAUUGAAUACAUCACCGCCGUCGUCGAGGAAGGCGGCGUCUUCGUCGACCAGCUCUUCUUCCACGACCCCGAUGGCUACAUGGUGGAGGUCUGCAACUGCCAGGUCCUCCCCAUUUGCCCUCUUUCUCAGUCCAACCGCCUUCCAUUGCCGCUUCUCCAGAACCUCAUGGCCGGCGGCGGCGACCCAGUCGCCGCCCUCUAUCUCAAGGAGCUCGCCACCUUCCGGUGCGCCGCCGAGGUGGGGAACAGGAUGAUGGAGAGCCUCGUCACGGAGAUCAUGAACAUCUCCUUCUGA